CAAGCCGCUGAUCCUUCCAGGGCCGCCAUUGCUCCGGCCCAUCCGUCCGAGGCGCCCGGCCGGCCUGCGUCUGGUGAACGUAAACCACCCCCUCCCUCCCUCCCUCCCCGUGAGAUGAAUAAUGAGUGGAAGAGAUCUUAGAAUGUUCAUCACAAAUCACAGAGCAGAAGAUGCAGAGAAACUGGUUAUAAGAAUAAAAAAUGGUGUUGGAAGUCAGACGUAUAAACCAAUUGACUAUCAACAACUUCAAGCACUUGCUGAAGCUAAAAGGAUGGCAUGUCUUGACACUGAUCGCAAGUUUGAAAAAAUUUUACAAGCAGCAAAGAUUAACAAAGAGAAAACAAUUAUUAAGCAGCAUCACCAGGCAUGGUGGCAGGAACAAUCAAGACUAACCGAAGCUAGGGGAAAACUAGAGUUGCAUCUCCAGAGCUUACUUGAAGGUGGAAGCAAUGAAAAUGAAUACUACUUUGAUCUUAAAAAAAUCGGCAUAUUUUUGCAGAGUGAACAAAAAGCCUUUAAAAUAGCUACUGUGGAUCCCAUCCUACAACUAAAGAGAGACUUGAAACAAAAACAAAUUGAAAUGCAAUAUUAUCCUUUGCAGCAAAGCAUCGAAAAGGACAUAAUUAAUUCCAGCCAGAUAUUGCAAGAGGUGGAAUAUGUGAAAGAACAACAAAGGACUAUAACAGACAAGCUUGAACAAGAGAGACAGAUGUUGGAAGAAGAAAUCAAAAAUAGUGAAUUAGAGGAAGAAAUUCCCCAUCAUCUUGAUGAAAUUCCAGAGGAUGUGCAUUAUUUGGAAUGUCCCUACCCUGAUUUAAAGGCCUCUGUCCUGCAGGAGUUCCAGAAUCUCAAUGCGAAAUAUAAAUUUCAGCUAGAGGACAUCAAUCAUCAACUUAAAUUUUCAGACAGGUAUUGUGGUUGGAAUGAAGAAGAACAUUGGACUUUUCAAGUCAUCGCAGAUCUGUAUUCUCACGAGACAAAUAAUCGAAACAUGCUUUACUUGGACAUGAUGAUGAGGUUUCUACCACAUAAAUCCAAGCAAGAUACGAUUGAUCACUGGAGAUUGUGGGAUGCCUUUCAAUAUAAGAGAAAGCAGCGGAAAAUUCUAAUUCAGAGCUGGGCCCGAGACAAGAAAGCCUUGCUGAUAAAGACGAUGAUGAUAUUUGCUGAAGCCUGUAUUGCUCAUGAGGUUGAGGUUUUACAAGCCCACGACAGACAGAAACAGCAGGAAAUCUGUGCUGAAUUAAAUCAAAAGGUUCAACAAAUGCGUGCGCAUCAAGAAGAAAUGGCAAGGCUGGAGGCUGCUAUUGCUGCCCAAAAAGCAGAGAGAGAAACAGAACAACGUAAAAAAGAAGCAGAAAGGGAAAUGUGCCGGAGAGCUAUUGAUAAAGAAAUAAUAAAGCAGUGCUAUGCUGAGAAGCAACGUAGGAGGGAACAGUUAGAACAAAGAUACCAACAGCGUCUGGAUGAACUGAAAUGUGAAAUGGCUAACCAAACGGAAAAGGACAAGGAGAGAGUGAAAUGCAGACAGGAGAUGUUGCAGACACGCAUUCAAGAAAAGAAGACAGCCAUUCUGAAGAAAGUGCAGGAAGAAGAGGAACAUCAGAAAUAUCUUGAUGCAUACUGGCAACAGUUUGCUAUUACAGCGGAACCUGAUCCUGUGAGGAUGAUGGGUGACACAGAAGCCUCAAGAGCCCGCUUUGGAAUUGGAGAACAAGAAGAUUUGCCCCAAAAGCCACUAUUUCCUUUGUCAACAUACACCGAUAAGCAGAUAGUCGCUGAUCCUCGUAUUCGAAUUGAAUAUGCACUUCGAGAAGCAGGACUUCACAAUACUUUUUAUGCAAGAGAGGUUUUAUCAAAAAUCCCUCCAGCAAGACCUCCGAGAAGAGAUAUGGUAUCUACUAUUUUUAAGGACUGAUAUUCCUCAAGCCCAAGUUGUUUCUUGAUGAACAUUGACACAAUUUUCUGUGGACGCCUUUGGUACUCGAGCAGAACUUCAUGUGGAGAUGUAAUCUGGUCACCGUCAAACCGAUUUAGUAAAGUCACACAGACAAUAGCAGCUAAAAG